CAUAUCCUUGUCUUAGAAACACCAUUCUACCAAACAAAAAAGAAAAAUGGAAGCCAUUUCAAAAUUUCCAUAUACACAUCAACCAUUAAGAUCCAUUAGUUUUCCCACAAGAGUAAACCCUUCUUCUCAAAGAAUUGAAUCACUUCUAAAUAAUCUAAAACCACAUCAUCAACACCCUCUCUCAAGCAACAAUUAUUCAGAAGCAGAGAAAAUUCAUAGUGACUUGGUGGAUCUUGCUGAGAUAUACAACUGCAUGGAAGAAUUCUUCAAUUCUCAACAAACCAAACAAUCUCUUCUACAUUACCAAGAUGGAAAACUCAUAUCAGAUUCAUUGUGUUACUCAGUUACAUUACUAGAUGCUUGUGAGUGUUCAAGAGAUUUAUUGUUAGUUCUUAGAGAACAUAUUCAAACACUUCAAUCAGCGAUACGUCGAAGAAGAAAAGGUGAUUCGAGCAUCGAAAACAGUGUUUCUUGUUAUGAAAAUUUUAGAAAGAAGACAAAGAAGAAAAUUUCAAACCAACUUAUGCAGAUGAAAAAAAUGCAGAACAAAGUUAACUCAUUUUCUCUUUGUGAUCAAGAUCAACAACUAGUAUUUUUGGUUAGAGUUUUAAGAGAAGUGAAUACAAUCACUAUAUCUAUAUUAUCUUCUGUUCUACUUUUUUUGUCUAUGCCAACAAUCGAAACAAAAGGGUCGUCUUUGAUUUCGAAGUUGAAGCCUAUGAUGUUGUUUUCUUCUGAGAAAGAAGUGAAGAACAAAAAUGAGAUUAAAGAUCUUAAUAAGGCUUUGUGUUCUCUUAUUGGAAGAGAGAAAAAUAGUGAUUAUUCUAUUAGUGAAGGUCAAAGAGCAUUAAGAUUGUUAGAGACAUUGAAUAUUAAUAUUGAUAGUUUAGAAGGUGGAUUAGAUUGUAUAUUUAGAUGUUUGGUAAAACACAGAGUGUUGUUUCUGAAUAUGUUAGCUCACUAGGCUAACAUAAGCUGAAAAUAGAGUAAAAAUUAAUGUUCUUUGUGAAUGUGAGAAUGAUGU